CUUGGUUGCAGAUCAGACAUGGCUGCGCAGAUGGCGGUAAAUUCAGGAGCCAGUCUGUGGGGUCCUCUGAAAGAGUUAUGGGAAAACGUAGAGGGGGCGAUAUGGAGGAAACAACCAGAGAGUGUUCAUCUUCUGGAUCUACAGUUGAAGAAACACAAGCCCUACUUUCUCUCCUUAUUCAAGAACCCUCCAAAGAGUGCGGAGCAGAGAGAGAAGGUGAGGAAAGCCAGCACAGAGGGGAUUUCUAUUCAGGGCCAGCAGGGAUCAAGGCUUCUCCCUGAGCAGCUCCUCGCAGAGGCCUUUAUCCUCAGUGAUCUUUUUGACAUUGGAGAGCUUGCUGCACUGGAGCUGCUGCUGGCAGGAGAGCACCAGCAACCUCAUUUUCCUGGGCUAACAAGGGGCCUGGUGGCUGUUCUACUCUACUGGGACGGCAAGCGCUGUGUGGCCAACUCUCUACGCUCCCUCAUCCAGUCCCGUCAUGGCAAGACUUUCACUCUUGACCUUAGUGCGGAUUUGGUCAAUCUUACCACACGCUUUACAGAUGAGCUGAUGGCUCAGGGUUUGACUAAGCAAAUCCUAAACCUGGUUUCAGACAUUAGUGUCACACGUGAGUUUGAAAGGCUGCAGAAGGAGCGAGGCCUUGGAAAUGAGAAACACAGGAAAGAGGUGUCAGACCUCAUCAAGGAGUGCCGACAGUCGCUGGCUGAGUGUCUGUUUGCAUGGACGUGUCAGUCGCCCCUUAGCAAAGAUGAUACGCUCGCCUUGAUUGGUCAUCUGGAGACAGUGACAGCAGAAGCUGAUGGCUCAUUAGAUAGUGUGAAUCUUGCACUGGUCAUGGCUUUGCUCUAUUGCCUGGAUGUUAGUUUUCUGGAGCAAGGGACUGAAGACAGAGACGACCUGCUCCAGGCUCAACCCUUGCUGACAGAGAAGCAGUAUGUGUCAGCAGUGCACAGUCGUCUGGUGGAGGGUAAGGCAUGGAAGCUGCCCGGCCUGCAAGCGGUGGUGCGACUGACCUGGGCACUCUCGCUCAGGGCCCUCUCUCAGCUCCCCCAGGGUGCAGCUCUGGUAGAGUACACAGAGGCAGAUGAAGUUCUGGCUGACCAGGCUCUGCUGGGAGGGGUCUUCCUCUUCCUCACAGAGGGUAUUCUGGGAAGUGAGGGAUUCCACCAGGAGGAGUUCUAUACUCGGCGGCUUCAUGCCCUCAUCACUGAUUUCCUGGCUCUCAUGCCUAUGAAGGUAAAGCAGUUACGUAAUCGUGCUGAUGAAGACGCUCGACUGAUCCACAUGGCGCUACAGAUGGGCAGUGAGCCUCCAUCCUCUCUCCGGAAAGACCUGGAACACCUCAUGAUACUGAUUGGUGAGUUCUACAGUAAGGACCCAUUUGGGCUAGAGCUAGCCCUGGAAUUUUGGUGCCCAACAGAGUCCCUCCAGCACACCUCCCUUACUGGAUCCUUUCUUGGAGUUGCCCUGCAAAGACCUCCUCACAAACAGGUGGUUCUCUCAAAGUUUGUGCGUCAGAUGGGGGACCUGCUGCCUGCCACUUUGUACAUCCCCUAUUUGCGUAUGCUGAAGGGGCUUGCCAAUGGGCCUCAGUCCUCUCACUAUUGCUUCAGCCUGCUCAAGACCAAUGGAGCACCACAUGGAGAGAACUUGCAGGGCGGUGUAUCGGGAAGCCCAGUGUCAUGGGAGCACCUGUUCCAUUCUCUCAUGCUGUACCAUGAAAACCUGAGGCGUGACGUCCCCAGUGCGGACUCCACUCAGUACCGACACCCGCCCAUCAGAGGCAUCACACAGAGAGAAUUAGACGGCCUGACUGCUUUCCUUCAGCUGCUCACUACCAUCGUCACUUGGAGUGAGAAUGCUCGACUGGCUCUUUGUGAGCACCCUCAGUGGACUCCUGUGGUAGUGAUGCUGGGUUUGCUACAGUGCAGCGUACAGCCAAUACUGAAAGCCCAGCUCCUGCAUGCCCUCGCUGCCUUCGGCAAGUCCCCUGAAAUUGCUGCUUCUCUCUGGCAGUCUCUGGAGUACACACAGGUCCUGCAGACAGUAAAAGCCCCUGGACAGAGACAAGCAGCAGGCAUAGAGGUGGAGUUAAAUGAGAUUGAGUCCAGCUGUGAGGAAUACCCUUUGACCCGGGCGUUCUGUCAGCUGAUCAGCACUCUGGUGGAGAGUUCCCUUCCUGUUAAUCUAGGAGCAGGACUGCGUGCACCGGGAUUCCAGCCCUAUUUGGCCUUCCUGCGGGAUGCUGUCUUUCUUCCCUUUCCAACACGAGCCUACCGUCGCCCAGCUGAGAAGUGGGAGGUGGCAGAAGCGGUGUUGGAAGUGUUCCACAAACUGUUACGGGACUAUGAGCCUCAGCCUGCAGAUUUUCUGCAGGAGACAGUGGAGCUGCAGGGUGAGCAGGUUCCAGCUCAUAAGCCCCCAGGCCACAGCCUGAUGUUCCACCUGCUUAAUGACUCCCCCACCUUGUCCUUGUGCCUCAGCCUGCUGGAGGAAGGCGUCUGCCAACUUGAUACUUAUGCUCCUUUCCCUGGUAAGAAGCAGUUGGAGUCAGCAGUGCUGCACUGUCUGAGUCUGCUGGAUCUGGCCGUGCAGAAAGAGGUGGUGUUCAUGGACCUCUUGAGAGAGAGUCAGGCCUCAUUGCUGGUCUCUCCACUAGAACAGCUACUGCAGGGUGUCAGUGCCCAGAGCAGACGUGCUGACCACAUCAUUAACAUCGCCAGGUACCUGUACCACAGCAGUUCCAACCCUGAGGCUGCGUACCUAAGCGCUAAGAUCCUGCGGCACAUUGCACGUUAUCCCAACAUCCAGACCAGAUUGGUUGGAGACUUCACCCAUGACCAGGCAGUGAGUGACAAGUUGAUGGCUGGAUUUGUGGAGUGCCUGGAUAAUGAUGAGGCUCAAGAAGGUGUAGAAAAAGCAGACGACUCCGACCCAGAUAAGCGUGUGGCCAGAAUUCGGCAUGAGACGCAGAUCCACAUUCUUAACCUUUUGAUAACCUCUCUGGAGCUAAAAGGUCCUAACUUGGCCCUCUACCUGCUUGGCUAUGAGGUCAAGAAACCGGUCUCCUCCACCAACCUACAGGACCCAGGAGUUCUUGGUUGUCCCCGGAGUUGCCUUCAUGCAAUUCUAAGCCUGCUCCAACGUGGAAGUGAAAGACGUUCUGGACCAAUACUGACGCAACAGGCUCCACACUUAGCUGAGCUCUGCUAUCAGGUGAUCUACCAACUGUGUGCAUGCUCGGACACUUCAGGCCCCACCAUGCGCUAUCUGAGGACCAGUCAGGACUUCUUGUUCUCUCAUCUGAAGCACUUACCCUUCAUCCUGCCAGGGAAUGAGAUUGCGGCUUUGAACCAGAUGUCCUGGCUAAUGAAGACCGCAGCCAUCGAGCUCAGAGUGACCUCACUGAACCGGCAGCGCUCACACACUCAGAGACUGCUCAACCUUCUGCUGGAUGACCAGCCACACAUGCAGCAUGCAGAUGGGGAGAUGGGCAUGGAUGAUGAGAGUAAAUCAGUCAGCAGCUUCCUGCAUUUUGACACAGUUUCUAAAGUGCGCAGGAAACUCCUGAGUGUUCUGGAUGCUAUAGACUUCAGUCAAGAGGUGCCUGAGCAACUGCAGCUGGACUUCUUUGAGCGCACUCAGAUUGAGCAGGUCAUCUCUAACUGUGAACAUGUCAACGAGCAAGGACACACGGUCUGCAAUGUCAAGUUGCUACACAGAGUGUUGGUUGCAGAGGUCAACGCACUGCAGGGCAUGGCUGCCAUUGGGCAACGGCCACUGCUGAUGGAGGAGGUGAACUCUAUCCUGCAGCAGGUGGUGGAGAGGAACCGGGUGCGGUGCAGUCUGAGUGCUAAGCGGCAUGCUCUGCAGAGUUGGAGGAGUCUGGUGGAGACUAUCCUCACUGCCUGCCCUGCUGAGCUCAUCCCUGCUGAUCAGAGGCAGCUCAUCAUCAGAGACCUGCUGCUCGACCUCCAUGACAAGGUUUUGUCAGAGGAUGCUGCAGUUGAGUUGAUGCCAGUAGUUGCUGGGGCAGUGUUCACUUUGACCGCACACCUCAGCCAGUCAGUGCUGUCUGAGCAACAGCAAGGCUCUGGACUUGAGGGUGGUUCUUCAUCAGGUUUUGCCUCCAUUGCUAACUCUGCCCUUCACCUCAUUCUGCGGAAGCUGCUGGACUUUAUCUUGUGCACAGGUGGAGGUUUCCAGCGUCUGCGUGCUCACCUGUAUGGCUCUCUGCUCUAUUACUUACAAAUCGCCCAGAAACCUGAGGAGCCUGACACGCUGCAGACAGGAAUGUCCAUGUGGGAGCGACUUACUGCUCCUGAGGAUGGCUUCUCUAAGCUUCAGAGGGAGAACUUGGCCAUCAUAGAGAGCUACGGCACUGCCCUGAUGGAGGUGGUUUGCAGAGAUGCUUGUGAUGGACAUGAAAUAGGCAGGAUGUUGGCUCUGGCUGUGCUGGACAGGGUUUUGUCUAUAGACAGGCAGAGCCAGUGGCUGGUCUAUCUGUGUAACAGCGGCUACCUGCGAGUGCUGGUGGAGAGCCUGCGGCAGGAUGAUGUUGCACUGCAAACUCUGCUUAUGCCCCAGCCACCUCUGCUCAAACCCUUAUACAUCUACGAGUCCAAGAUGGCGUUGCUGACCCGCGUGGCUAAGACAGCACAGGGGGCUGUGGAGCUAUUGUGUUGUGGGCUUGUGGCUCAGCUGGCCGAGUGCAGAGUGUUUCACAUGCUGCCUGAGAACGACUCAUUCAGAGUGUUUGGUCAGAGGGACCCAUCAGGAUUCAUCCCCAGCCCUCUGGAGCGAUACAGACAGAUUCUGCUGCCAACACUCAGACUCCUGCAGGUCAUUCUGACCUCCACCACCACGCACCACCAACAGGGGGCAGCACAGGUGCUCCAGUGGCUGAUCGUGCACUCAGACACUAUUCAGUCUAUCCUGCGCAGUCAGGAUGUGAGUAUGGGAUCAUUACAAGAACUCUCUCUCCUCACAGCCAUCAUCAGCAAAACGGCACUACCUGGAGCUUUGGAUUUGGGGCAAGAAAUCAACAGUGCAGCCAUGCUAGAGUUCCAAGGACACAUUGGCAGAUUUCAGCGUCAGAGCGUUUCUCUGCUUGUACGUCUGGCUGGCACUGAACGUGCUCGCUACCUGAAGCAAAUAGAGGAGAGUGUUGCCCCCGGCGAUGCUGCAGAGAAGAGGGAGGAGAUGGAGGUUGCCAUGCAACAGAUCUGUGCUAAUAUUAUGGAGUACUGCCAGACGCUGCUCCUGCAAAGCUCAGCUGAAGCCCAGUUCACUGUCUGCCUCUUCAGCCCCUCAGCCAGUGAACCAACAGACAUGGCAGUGCCAUCAGUGUCUCGGGUGCCAAGCCUGGGUUUGGUUCUGCUCCUGCUGAAGAACAGUGCAACAGACUUCUUUCGAUACCAUGACAGCCACAGACAGAGUCUGGGCAAGCUUCAAAGGCUGGAACAGCUCGCCCCAGAGGAGCUUAAAGAGCUGUGCCAGGGCCUGGUGUCCGGGUCAGGUGGAGUGGAGAAGAUCCCGUCUGUGCAGAGGAGUGUGCUGGCCAAACGCCGUCUUGUUCAGCUUGUGAACAACCGUGCCAAGCUGCUGGCUCUCUGCUCCUACAUCAUUGAGACUAGCCUGUUUGUGAUCUGGCGCCACCUAGAGUACUACCUCCUCUACUGCACUCCCAGUGACCCCAAAGACUCCUUGCUUCCAGGAUACAGAGAUGCCAGUGGGGGUGGAGGCCUUGGCUUGUCCAGAGUCAGCCAACAGGAUCUGGAACAGUUGCAGAACGACGUGGCGAAUAGCUUCACUGAGCCCUUACAGAGGAAGCUGUUGGAGGUGGAGGGCCUCUACAGCAAAACUCACUCUCGCCACACCUUCAUCCAGGCUCUGACACGGAGGAUCCGCGGCCUCGUGCGCCUUGCCAAAAGUUAGAUACACACUUCUGUGCAUUCUACAAAACGUUUUCCUGGAGUUUUCCACACCAAGAGCUUAACAUACCACUUAUAGUCAGCAGUCCUUUACAGAGAAAGCAAAGCUGUUAUCCAAACCUGACUUGUAUACCAUGUUCCUAAAUUGCUUUAUUUACAAAACACUGUCAUGAAAUUUUCCACGUUAAAAGAUUUUCUGAUGUUUUUGGGUAUUUAGUAUUUUCUAAUGACGUGAAUAAAACGAGUUUAAAUUGCCA